CAACAGAGAAAUGUCAAAUGUCAAUCAGUUGGAAUUCAGAAAUAUAACCUAAUUCUUAUAUUUUUAGCUUUUACUUCGUAUGUAGGUAGUUAUUUUGUUAUUUCUGCAGUGAACUAAUGAAAAAAAUAAUAAAAUCAUGACAAGCAGAGGAAGUCAUAGAAGUACUCGAAUGAAUUACAAAUUCGAAAAUGAAACGUCGGAUUCAAAAGGAACGAAACCUAUCCGGGAAGCUUCUUCAAUAUUAGAAGUUCUAAUACUAAUGAUUGUGCACAUUUGUAAGAAAGUCCUUUUCUUUGACACAAAUUUAAAAAUAGCUGUAUAUUUAGGAGCUCUCUUUUUAUUGUCCCUUAUAGCGGACGUUCUUACAUUUCCAAAAACUUAUUUUUCAAGAAGUGACAAUGUAUUUAAUCAAUAUUUUGUGAAAAUUGGAUGGUUUUGGACACUAUUUUUAACAGUGCCUUAUGUUACUUUGACAUCUUACACUACUUGUUGUGGCAAAAGGAAGCUCAUUUUAACUGCUCACUUAUUGAGACUUUUGAUUGCUACUGGUUUUUGGUAUAUAUGGGUUACACUAUUCAAUAUAGUUGAAAUCAAUUAUGGCCGUUGCAAUUCGAGAUCGUACAAUGAUAAAGUUUCUUGUUUAAAAGAAGGCCACUUCUGGAAUGGCUUUGAUAUAUCUGGGCAUUGCUUCAUACUCAUUUACUCGAGUUUAGUCUUGAUUGAAGAGGCGAGAGCUAUUAAUGGAUGGGAAAGAAUCAGAGAUUACAUUAGAGAUGAAAAGUAUUCACGAAGUUUAAAUGAUAAAUCGCCACGAAGCAAUCCUCUUAAAAAUAUAAGUAAAGAAGAAUUAGAUAUACUCAAAACAUCAUAUGAGAAAUUUACACCAUAUGUGAGAGCAUUUCUGAUAGCUAUGGCUUGUCUUCAACUGCUAUGGGAUGUUAUGUUGGUAUCUACGAUAUUGUAUUACCACAUCAUGGUAGAAAAGUUCAUAAGUGGAAUAAUAGCAAUUCUCACAUGGUUUGUAACUUAUAGAGUUUGGUAUACUAUACCUAAUUUACUACCUAACUUGCCAGGUCAAGGUGUAUUCAAAUAUAAUAUGGAAAAAGUAAAUUUAACUAACAUACCACUUCGGAAAAGGUCUGUUAUUACUGACAGCAAGCAUUUUAUGGGAAUGCCUAUUAAUAAAGGCCAGGACUUAACAGGGUCUACAGAAGAUUUAAAAUAAGGGAUUGGCAGGUGUACAGUUACUUGGUGUUUUUGAUUAUAAAGUUAUUUCAAGAAUGAGAACUAUUUAUAUUUUCUUCAGAAAUUUUAAAUAUAAGCUGUAAAUUUUAUACCACUAAAUUUGUUAAAAAAGUAAUAAUUAAUACUUGUGUAAAUCUUAAUCAAGCACAUUAAUUCAAAAUAUCAAUAGGUACCAGUGUACACUUUUUGAUUAGUAUCAAUGUUGAGUAUGUAAAUAAACAGUAAAUGGUAGAUAAUAUUGUAUCAAUGUUAGUUAUUGCAUUGCUAUUUGACCAAGAGUUUUAAAAAUGAUUGUUUAUUAUUAUGCAAGAAACACAUUUGCCACACUCAUAAGAAACAUCCCACAUCAUAUCAAGCUACUUUGUUUAGGUAGGUACUCAAACCUUUAUGAUUUGAUUGAAGUCCAUGCGUAUUGUGCAUUGUUUGAUGUGUGAUGGAGUGUUUGUGUGUCAAGUUAUGCUUUGCAUCUAGAUUUAUUUAAUAAAUUAUAUAUUAAUUCCGCUUGAAUCAGGCGGCACAAAACAAUGGUGUGUGGAAAUCCCUAAAAGAGACGGUUGAUGGUGAUGACGAUAAUGAUGACAUUUAAUAAAUACCUACCUAGUUAUUUAAAAAAUCAUAUUGUAAAAAUAAACAUGAAUGUUCUCCUUCAAUAUUUGUUAAGGGUUUUUAAGUUUUGGUGGUUUGUAAACUUUUUUGGGUACCUAUCAAUAUUUCCAUUUGUGCCUUCAAUAGAAUAUACUUGUUUAUUCUAUUUUAUUAUAUAUUUGAUUUUGUACUACAGUAAUGUUCAUUUAUGGUUAAUAAAGGUUUACCUAGU